AUGGCGUCCCAGCCAAUAGCGUACUGGUUGCAAAAUUAUACUGGGGCAAGAGAUUAUUCUCAAACACCUGAUCAUGCUCAUAAUCAUAACCAAAUGUGGGCAGUUCUUAUUGUUGCCAUUUUAACAGUCUUGCUGGGAUCCUCCUUGUUCUUCUUUUGCAGAAGAAAGAUUUGCCAGAGAUGGAGCCGUCAAGGAAGUCUGAAAGCUGAGAAAUUAAAUUUGAGGCGUUUCCAGUUAGAGGAGCUAGAGAAGGCUACCAAGAACUUUAGCAAAGACUGUUUGUUGGGGUCUGGUGCAUUUGGAAAUGUCUAUAAAGGAACCUUUGAAGUUGAAGGUACGUUAGCAAUCAAGAGAGCUCAUGCUGAGUCAUACCAAAGCGUUGAAGAAUUUACAAAUGGACCAAAAGGUGCAAAAAUAUUGGUUUAUGAAUAUGUACCUCAUGGUUCUUUACUAGAGUAUAUCAUGGGAAGAGGAGGAAGAAACUUGACGUGGAGGCAAAGAGUAAACAUAGCUAUUGGAGCAGCCAAAGGAAUAGCUCACUUACAUGAUGGGAUUAAGCCUAGCAUAAUCCACCGUGAUAUAAAACCCAGCAACAUCUUAAUUGGAGACGGGUUCGAAGCCAAGGUCUCAGAUUUUGGACUUGUGAAAAUGGGACCUAUAGGAGAUCAAUCACAUGUGAGUAGCCAGAUCAAAGGAACACCAGGAUACCUUGAUCCUGCAUAUUGUACAAGUUUUCAUUUGAGUCCAUUUAGUGAUGUUUAUAGCUUUGGUGUUAUCCUUCUGCAACUUGUUUGUGCCCGGCCGGCUGUGGAUUCAACUAGAAAUCAACCAAAUUUCCAUAUCAUUGAUUGGGCUAGGCCCAGUAUAGAGAGGGGCAGCAUCGACGAAAUCCUUGAUACUAGUCUUUUAUCUGAGCCAGAUUGCAACAUGGAAAUAAUGCUGAAGAUGGGUGAACUUGGUUUAAGAUGUGUAGUGAAAAUGCCUAAAGACCGUCCUACAAUGACUCAGGUAUGGCAAGAACUAGAAGAUACAUUUUAUUCAGUUGACAACUUCAUGAACAAGCAGCCUUCAAGAGGUUCUCGAAGAACAAUUGGCAAGUUUCCUCCACUAUCAGAACAAGGACAUCGUAGAUCAUUGGACCAGGAUUAUUCUCAAAGCUUUGUGAGCGUAGAUGGCGUUGGAUUUCAAAAGUUUCUCGUUGAGAUGGAUAGCGUUUCACUUCAAAGUACCAGCUUAAGAUGUUUUGAGAUCAACACCAUUAACAGCGUUGAUGUUGAUAAGAAGAAUUUGGGAGGAACAAGUGAGGAACACAACCAAUCGUGAUCUCCCAUUAUAAAGUUAUAAA